UAUGUGUUGAUAAGUAGCUGCAUAUAAGAAAUACAUGAGAAUGAAUAUCGCGCAACUAUAUGUACCUAUGUAUGUAUGUAGGUAGGUUGCGACUUUAAGUUCGCCUAAGUACCUACCGUCUUAGUGAAAGGUUGAAAGUCUGCAAGUCUGGACCCCUCCCCCCCUGGACCGGUCCGCAAAUAGUGAUUGAAGUACGUACAUGGCAUGUGCCGACUUGCCGGUCGUCGUUCCAAUUCCAACCUGGAAAGCUUUCCCAUUAUUUUUAGCAAUUUCGACGAACAUACGCAGUACCGACCCGAGCACUACUCCAUCCCACGCUCGUUCCAACUGCGGAGCAUGUGAUUUCAGCCGCGAGCCCGCUAUAGUAGCUACAGUAGCUACCUCAAGCCAUGCCUAUACAGGUCUACUCAUUCUACAUCUUCGACCGCCAUACGGAGUGUAUAUACUCCAAACAAUGGCACAUCCGCGCGCCCCCUCCGUCAUCCGCCCCAACACCAAGCCUAACCUCCCCGCCGUCCUCGCGCCCGCAGUCGCAGCAGCCCUCGCACCCGUCGCACCCGUCCCAGACCGCCGCGGUCCCCGCCAGCGCGCUCUCGGCCGCGUCGAAGCGUAGGCUCGACGACGACGCGAAGCUCAUCUUCGGCACCGUCUUCUCGCUGCGCAACAUGGUGCGCAAGCUCGGCGGCGACGACGACGCCUUCAUCGCCUACCGCACCGCCCACUACAAGCUGCACUACUACGAGACCCCCACCAACCUCCGCUUCGCCAUGCUCACCGAGCCCGGCGCCCUCAGCAUGCGGAACGUCCUGCACCAGAUCUACAUCAACCUCUGGGUCGAGUACGUUGUUAAGAAUCCGCUCUCGCCGGUUGAACACAAAGGCGGUGAAGGCGUUCGGAACGAAAUGUUCGAGAUGGGCUUGGAUAAAUUCGUAAGGGGGCUGAUGUGACAAGCCCUCUCCAGUGCAGCAGUUUAGGACGAAGUCCGCCUUGGGCUUCAAGGAGGGAGCCCGAUGCUUUUGGACCCUAAGUGGUUACAGUUGGCUGGGGACCGAAUACCCAUUCGAUUUUUAUCUUAAGCACCAUGCAAAGAAGAGACGGGGGAAGCUAGAGGCCUCGAUCUGCUACCCGGCAUACAGUAGACAUCAUCUGUGGUUAAUCAAGACCAACCACCUUUAAAGACAGCCUCCCAUACGAGAUAACGGAGGCAUCGAAACUUAGAAAGACCUAAGUUAGGUAGACAUGA